AUGGCGAAAGCGAGUUGUAUCAUUAUCGGGCUGCUAGCAUUGUGCUACUCGCGCACUGCUGCUGGUUACACGAAGUUUCCCGAAGGUUUUACAUUCGGUGUAGCGACAGCAGCUCAUCAGAUCGAGGGAGCAUGGAACGUCAACGGUAAAUCAGAAAAUGUUUGGGAUCAUUUGACCCACACUAGACCAGAAAUGGUCGCUGAUCUUACCAACGGGGAUAUUGCCUGCGACUCGUACAAUCGUUAUCAUGAAGAUGUUGAGAAUCUUGUCGCACUCGGUGUUGACUUCUACCGCUUUUCCCUAUCUUGGUCCCGUAUUCUCCCGACUGGUCGAGCAGAUUUCAUCAACCCAGAUGGUAUUCGCUACUACAAUGAACUUCUCGACCUUCUAGCUGCGAACAACAUCGAGCCCCUGGUUACAUUAUUCCAUUGGGACUUACCUCAAAGUCUCCAAGAUCUAGGUGGUUGGGCUAAUCCUAAGAUGAUUGAUUACUUCCGUGACUAUUCGGAUAUAUGCUUCAGAGAGUUCGGUGACAAAAUUAAAUCAUGGAUUACUUUCAACGAGCCCUAUGAGAUUUGCGAAGAUGCAUACGGAGAUGAUAAGAAGGCACCUGCCCUUGACAGCCACGGUGUUGGUAACUACUUGUGCAGUGACACGUUAUUGAAAGCUCAUGCUGAAUCCUACCACUUGUACAACGAUACCUACCGCGCCACUCAAAACGGAAGGAUUAUGAUCUCAAUAAACUCUAUCUGGUACGAGCCCAGCGACCCUGAGAAUGCCGAACAAGUUGCAUUAGCUGAAGUCGCCAAUCAGUUCAAAUUCGGUUGGUUUGCACACCCCAUCUUCACCGCAGAAGGAGGCUACCCCGCUGUGAUGGUAGAAAAUGUUGCCCGCCAGAGUGAGGCCGAAGGUCUGCCUAAACCACGUCUCGAACAGUUUGACGCACAUUGGAUACAGAGGAUCAAGGGUACGUCAGACUUUUUGGGCAUCAAUCACUACACAACAUUCUUAGUCACUGGCGCGGGUGUGGAUCCUACAGCUAAAUCACCGUCCUGGUUGAAAGACAUUGGCGCUGUUACUACUAUGGAAGUCGGUGGCGAUUCUGCUUCAGAAUGGUUGAGGGUGGUCCCGACUGGUUUCGCUAAUCUGUUGCGUUGGUGCAAGAGCUCAUACAAUGACCCACCAAUUUACAUUACUGAGAAUGGAUUUUCCGACCGCGGUACUUUGGAUGAUUACGGCCGCAUUAAAUAUUAUAAUGACUAUCUUUCUGAAAUAUUGAAUGUGAUCAAUGAUGAUGGUGUCAAAGUUCUUGGAUACACAGCAUGGACUCUUAUGGACAACUUCGAAUGGAGAGCUGGAUUUUCUGAACGUUUUGGAUUCUUCUACGUGAACAUAACUGACCCAGCGCUUCCACGCACGCCAAAGUUGUCAGCGGAGUACUACCGCCAGUUGACGGACACCCGUGAACUGCCUCAGGAUGAACGCUUCAAGGAUCCAUCUAUGCGAAAGUGA